AUGGCCCAUCUAACAGACCCUCGUCCCCAAUUCCCCAAGAAGAUUUCAGUCAGCAAUGCCCAUAAGAAGUUUACUGAGCAAGACCUUAAAAAGAUGAACACGUACGAGCUUAAAUUUAUCUUGAAACAGAAGGGCCUUCCGACGUCAGAUAUCACCAGGAAGGAUCAAAUGAUCGCGGCAAUUCUCCUUGGAAAAGUCACCAAGGAAAUUAAAGAUAUGAGGAAGGAGAAGAAGAAGCAGGCGCAGCGAAAGCGCGUUACCAAAUCCCUUCAUCUCCGAGCGAAUCCUGAUCCCGGAGUGUCUUCCUCCUUGGAACUACGUCAAGCGCCUCUGAAUCAGCUUUGCACUCCUCCUAUCACCCCGGAUUGGCCUGUUCUCGGAUGCAACGCCGCAUUACCCGCUGAAGGCCCUCAAGAUCUAUUUAACACCUCCCAGCCUGGUCCGCCAAUGCUGGCUAACUUCGAGGAUGGGUUACAGCUUGAAGGCCUUCAGGCCCCCUUUUACGCUCCUGCCGCCGCUCCGCACAUGUUGCCCGUCUUCGACACCGGAUUACCCCCUGAAGGUCCCCAGGCUACAUUUAACACCUCCCAGCCCGGCCCGCCGACGUCGAUUAACUUCGGGGCCGCAUUACAGCCUGAAGGCCUCCAGGCUCCCUUUUACACGCCCGCCAUUACUCCAGAGGGCUUUGCUCUCCUGGACGGCGGAUUGCAGGUUGACGGCCCUCAGGAUGCGUUUUACACCGCUCCUAUGGGGCCGCAGAUGCCGCCAGAGGCCAGAUGGGCAUCGCAGGCUGAAGUCCCUCAGCCAACCUUUAACGACUUCCUCUUAUUCAAUGAUGCGGGCUUCGCUAACCCCUUCGAGGUCACGGAGCCUACAUCUGACCUGGCGAGCUUGGACUUCGGUAACUACCCUGAAAGGCCUCAGGAUCCCGGUUACGUUUCAAUAUUUGAUGAGGAUCUUCGGGCCCUAUUUGAAACGGUGAUCGAGUAG